UUCUUCUUCUUCUUCUUCUUCUUCUCAAUCUCUUUUUCUGAUUUUGUUUGGGAUUAGCGUUUGUGAUUUUCCUCCAUUUUUUCUCUUGUCUGAUAUAAUUGACAGGGCUCAUUGCUCUCUAUGAUUUGGGUCUCAACUCUGAGGUUUUAGCUAAGCUCAGUGUAUUCUUACUUCCCAGAUGGCAGGUGUUGAUAAUGAAGUUCUUAUUAUUGAGAAUAAUGAUGAGGCUUCUGUUUGGACUCAAAAGCAUGAAGAAAUUUUCAUUGAACUUAUGGAAGAAGAAGUCCUAAAGGGAAAUAAGAAUACCACAACCUUUACCAAGCAAUCAUGGAAAUAUAUAAAGGAAGAGCUUUGUGCACGAGCAAAAAGAAAUUAUAGUGAUAUGCAACUAAGGAACAAAUACAAUCAAUUAAAGCAAAAGCAUAAGGAUUUUAAGUCUUUACUAAAAGAGACUGGUAUGGGAUACAAUGCAGUGACUGGAGAAGUUAGUGCGACAGAUGAAGUUUGGGAUAAACUUAUUCGGGUUAACAAGUCUGCUAAAAGAUUUAGAAAGAAAGGUUGUAAGUUUUAUGAGAAAUUAUGCACUAUAUUUGGUGAUACUACUGCAACUGGUUCCAAUGCUCGUCCUUCAACUCGAAGUCCUUCUAAUGAUGGAGAUAAUAAUGAUGAUGAUGCAACAUCGAUAAGCCGUUCUACUAGGAAUGAAGAAAGUAGUUUUGAUGAGGAUGGUAGCAAAAGAAGAGGUAAAUCAACAGCCACUUCGAACUCUCGAUCAGUAAAAAGAGCAAAGUUCUCAUCAGCUUUGGCAGAUGCACUGGCAACAUAUAAUGAAACUGCAAAGCGAAAGACAGAAUUGAUAAAGAGAUAAAUGGCAACAUCUGCAUCACAUUACUUAUUGGAUGAGAGUGUUGAAGCUCUUAAUCAAAUUGAUGGAAUUAGUGAAGAAGUAUACGCAAAAGCUAUUGAGAAGUUUGAGAACGAGGUGUCCAGAGCAUUGUUUCUAAAGAUGCUAGAGCAUAGAAGAAUAGAUUGGUUGAUGAAUUUGAAGUGAAAAAGUUUAGAUUUUGUUUAGCUAUGAACAAGAUGACUUUAUUUAGCUAUUAACUUUAGUUUUGUUUAGCUAUUGACUGGAUGAGUUUGUUAAGCUAUUGACUGGAUGACUUUAUUAGCUAUUGACUGUAUGACUUUGUUUAGCUAUUGACUGUAUGACUUUGUUUAGCUAUUGACUGGAUGAUUUUGUUUAGCUAUUGACUGGAUGACUUGUUAGCUAUUGAUUGUAUGACUUUGUUUAGCUAUUGACUGGAUGACUUUUUUGCC